UGGACGCUCUUGCUUCAUGGGCCUGGAGGUGUCUGCCAUGGCCAGGGUGAUCUGAUGGUGCACUGGGAAGACACGGCCAAGGCUGCAGUGACCGGUGGAUAACACCGAUGCCGAGAAGAAGACAAACACUUUGUGGGUCAGAGUGGUAAGUGACGUUGUGCUAGACACAGACGCAUGUGCUGGGGCCAGAGCGCUGCCAGAGCGAGCGCUGCGGGGCGGGACGGCCCAUUGUGAUGGCUCCGAGCGAUGCACUGUGAGAGCCUGGAGCGACGGAUUGUGACUGCGUGGCCCUCGCUGCUCAUAUGCGGGCGCAGAGUCCCACCGCGCCGGCUAGUGCCCGCACUCCAGCUGAGCGUUUACGCGAGGUCUGGAGUGAGGAGCAAGGUUGGCCUUGGUGCUGGUGUCGUGCUCUGGGAGUUGCUGCAGCAGCUCUCAGUGCCCUUCCCAGAGCCAUCAGAGAUCCUUCUGCAGCUCUGCCUCGUUCGGGCCGUCAGGAGACCCAGGAGGAGCGCUCGCAGCAGCAGAGCGUGACACCUGCUGCUGCAGCGCCGGUGAGAGGGAGCGGCUCGUCAUCGCCAGUUCUCCCCAGCUCACCUCAGCAGGCGGAGAGCAUGGCCACGGCGCUGGACACCCGCUGUCCCAUCUGUCUGGACAGCUGGGUGAACCCCAGCUAUGUGGUGCCAUGCCUCCACUGCUUCUGCUUUAAAUGCAUCCAGCGGUGGGCUGAGAGCAAGCCCGAGUGCCCCCUCUGCAAGAGGAGGGUGAGCUCCAUCGUGCACUCGGUGCGGGCGGACAACAGCUUCAAGGAGCUCGUCAUCCCACCACCUGCGGAGGCACCGGUCACCGCCCAGCAGGCAGACGGAGCUCCUGCCCACCCAGCCUCCCGACCAGAGGCUGCAGGACCAGUGCCCACAGCCGCUGUGGGCGGCCUCCACCCCGUCGCCUGGGCGUCCCUGUUCCGGCUGUACCCUGCUGUGCUCCAGCCCCUGCUGCCCUGGCUGCGCCACGAGCUGGGGCAGCUCCUCGGGGAUGACGGCAGGGCAGCCUCAGAAGUGCAGCGCAACGUCAUCUCAGGCCUGCGCUUCUUUGGCCUGGACGAGGGGGCCCUCACCCUGCUCCUGAGGACCUCCCUGGGAAGGCAGACGGCCGGCUUCGUGCAGCGGCUCAUUGUCACUGCCGUGCAGCGGUGCAGCGGGGAGGCCCGAAACAUCCUGGGCCUGGGGGCCUCCCGUGCUGCCGGAGGACAGGAAGGCAGCCCUGCAGCACUCCCCAGCCACACUGCCACAUCUCUGGGGACACCAUCAGCUGGCCCCGAGAGCUCCGAGGGAACCAACGCGGAGGAGCUCCCUGGGACCUCAAAUGCUGCCUUCCAUGGGAGACCGAGCCGCCUUCCAUCCGUCCCGGUUCCUGCGCCUAGAGAUCAACAAGUGCCACCGGAGGAACCAGAGGAGGCUGUGGCUGGUCCCUCCACUGCCGGCCAGGGCAGGGACCAAAGACGCAGGGGGCCCCAGCGAGCUGCGAAGAGGAGGGCCCCCACUUCCCACGCCUCUGCCCCACCCGCAAAGAGGCCACCCCGCCGGCGACACUAGGACAGUGCCCCAGGAGCUGGCCAAGCUGGGGCUGGGCCAGCAGAUGGGGCACACGCCAGCAACCGGGGGGAACAGGAAG